AUGGGCGCUCGGCCUGGGCCUGCAGUUCCGGCAGAUGUCCUCACCAAAGCGUUUUCGGAGUUUCUCACCAAACCUUUCGGUGGCUCCGCGUGGCUUGCCGAUGUCAAGCCUGACGAUCUUCAACAGUUUGCAGGUGCGGCAUGGGCUCUGGAUUCCGGAGCCAGCCAGUUCUGCAUCAUGGGCGACAAUGCCGAUGAUGCCGUUUGGGAGACAAUGCAAAGUGCAGACUGCGAUAUCGACACAGGCGCUGGCACGGCUCGGCCAACAGCUAUGGUGGACGCCAUGGCUCCGCAUCUCGGGCGUCGCUCGGCUAUGGUGAUGCCGGACUCUAAAAUCAACAUGGCGUCGAUGGGCGAAACUUGCGCCGAGCUGGGGUAUCAUUUCUACUGGCCCGCAUGGUCUGAGCCGCCACAUUUCUGGCGCGACGGUGUUUCCAGCGAGGUGCCGCUCACCAUGGUCAAUCGCGUCCCGUUUCUAUUGAGCGCAGUCGAUGCUGGCCCGGCAAGAUUGAUUGAGGCUGCAAGCGACACAAACUUGAACGAUUUCUUCGCUCACAUGUUUCGGGAGUUUUGCUUGACGCUUGGUGAGACAGAGCUCGCUAACCUUUCGGUUCCCCUUGCAUUGGCGACGCAGUCGCAGCCUGCGGAUCAACAUUGCUUGGCUCACUACCCGAAGGACCCCACCUGCGAAGUGUGCUUGCAAGCAAAAAUGUGUCGAGCUCCAGCGGCUCGCAAAAAGCAAGCUGUCGAAGAUGACAAACAGUUCGAGUUCACGGGGAACGCAUUCACUGUGAUCUUGUCGGCCCUACACGCUUCCGAAGCCGCUGCCGCUUUCGACGACAUGUAUGGGAACCAGUCAGUGUCUUCAGUCCGGACGGACAAUGGUGGCGAGUUCCAGGGCGAGUUCGCCGCCAAACUCAAGGAACGGAAAAUCAGACACGAACGUUCCUUGCCACGUCAACCUCAGACAAAUUCCCGUGCUGAGCGAUUCCACCGCACAGUUGCGGAAGGCAUGGCUUGCCUUUUUGUUGCGUCUGGAGUCCCGUAUGCUUUCUGGACGUUCUGUCUCAUGGCCUUCCACUUUGUGUAUGCGCGCAGCCCGGGUGCAGGUGGUGCUGACUCACCCUACCAGAUACGCUUCAAUCGUUCUUAUGAUUUAAGCAAGUUGCGUCCAUUCGGCUCUGCGUGCUACUACCUGCCAGAGGAACAUGAGAAGUUUGCAUCUCGUGGACGGCUUGGUGUGGUGUUGGGGUAUAGCCGCUUGCAGUCAUACUACGUCCUGGAUUUCGAACAUUAUGUCGAGACGAAGGGCGAGGCCCGGAUUGUGCACACACAUGAUGCGCGCUUCCCCCCUCAGGUGCGCUGGCCAUUUCACGAGCUGGGCAUGGACAACCCUGAUGCGGCAUACUGGGCCCAACGUUUGUUCGAACCGGAGGUGUUGCAACCAACGCCCGCUGCUGGAGAUGACGGCCGAUGUGUACUUUGCGGCUUGUGGGCCACUGAUGCGGACAUCCACUGCCGUGGAUGUUUGCUUGGCGGUGGUCGUCGUCGGCAUGUGGAUGGUCCCGGCUGCCUUCGUGCUCGAUGUGGUGGUCAUGCGUUCCUUGACGUUCAGCCCCCUCCGGACUCGCCCGAGACGAGCAUGGACUAUUCCCCAAGCACUCCACGCAGCCGUGAUGGGGGCGUCAUCGACUCCUCCAUGGAUUCGUCAAGCUCCAGGUUUUCGACAUCGCAUGACGCACACGAUGAUGAUGACAUGGGCCCACCGCCUGACGAUGAAGGCGAUGGACGUUGCCAUACGGAUGCCUCGCCACGCAGGCCGCGCUGGCGAGCGGACUUGUUCGCUGAUGCACAAAUGUUGCCGCCGAUCUUACAUCUUCAUCCGGGCGAUCUCGGUCCCACCGCGGGUCGCAUCCAUCGGAUGCGGAUUCGGCCGGCUUCCAGCAGUCACAAUCGGACCAGCACGGAGGUACGGCCAGACGGCAUACACAGUUCGGACGCUGAUUCGGAGAGAUCGCAGCAACCAACCAAUGAUCUCGACAAUGCAGCUAUUUCCUCCACGGUGACGUUUGAAAGCGAUCGAUCUGGGCUCAGCACAGUUGUUCGUGGUGGGACGGUUCUCACAACGCCUGCAGCACUUAGGCUCGAACAGGAGCUGGACAAGCUGACAACUGAGCUGGGGAAGAUGUUCGCUUGCGUCACCAAGAUCGUCAAACGAAGAGAUCCAGAGUGGGACACAAACGCUGCGCGUGAAGCUAUCCGCAAAGAGGCGGCAAACCACGCGUCGAAGCGGACAUGGGAGUUUGAGGCAUGUGAAUGGGAAACCGCUGUGGCCAAGUACGGCCCUGAUGUGGAGCACGUGCAGGCAAACCUCAUCUUGGAAAGCAAGCACUACGAACUCGAUCAAUCCCAGCACCGAUUCAAAGCUCGCAUAGUCGCACUCGGGGACAACGUUCGCGACAUUUACUGCCGGCUUGUGGAGGAAGACCAAUUGCACGGUCGACCCAUCACGCUUGAAGGAUCACGGGCGCUAGAUUGCUAUGCCGGUUUGCAGCCUGACGGCGAUUGUCAAACUGCUGAUGCUGAUGGUGCCUAUUUGCAAGCUCGACUCAAAGAUCGUCCGAAGGUGAUUUGUUUACCAAGAGAGUUUCGCACACAAUCCGAACUGGAGAUGUGCUGUCCUGUGCACUUGUUGUACAUGGCCAUCUAUGGCCUCACACGUUCAAACAGCGAUUGGGAAGAUCAUGCUGACGAAUAUAACGGGCACAUUGUGGGCAUGGGCCGUUUCGUCGAUGAUUUCAAGCUGGAAAUCUUAUCGCGCGACCAUGCGGAUGUUGCCACAUUUCUAGUGAAGCAGGAUGCGCACAUCGACACCCCAACGAGAAAGUACAUGGAUGAGAUUGGUGCAUACAGACUUCCACGAUACGACACUCCGGCUGUGAAGCUCGCAGCCAAUGAUGUUUCAAACAUGAGCGAGACAGGAACAGUCGCCCUGAGAUCUCAUUUGCUGUCGGGUGGUUGGGUCGGUGCGACCGCAUUGUCGGCACCAGAUGCUGAAGUGACGGCCAUGGCUGAAGGUCUCAAGCGCCACGGGAUUUAUGCACAAGAUCUUUUCGAGUUUUUGCUGGGAUACCGAGUUCCAUUAGACAUCAUGACCGAUUCAGCAACAGGAAUCGCAGCAAUCGAUGACGCAUACGGCGUCCUCAAGUACAUGAAGCGAACGCAAGGUGUGCCUUUGUCACGGUUGCAUGAUGUGAGCAUGGAUCCCGACAACAACAUCAACAAAACCAGCACCGACGAUAACCUUGCUGAUGUCAUGACGAAAGCAUUGGAGAAGAACAAGUUCCAGCAUUUUCACGGCUCUUGGGAGUUCACCCGCAUGGUUGAAAUUGACAUGCUUUGCUCGUCUCAGCAUGGUUGA